CUCUCUACCUAGCUAAUCAUGGGUUACUCUUCUUUGCUCUCUUUUAGUCUUGGCUUUCUUCUUCUCUUUCAUUGCAGUUUUGCUCAGAUAGAACAGGUUGUAAAUUCACAGCAACGACAACAGCAGCAACGCUUCCAGACUCAAUGCCAAAUCCAGAACCUCAAUGCUCUUGAACCCAAGAGGAGGAUUGAAUCUGAGGCCGGUGUUACCGAGUUCUGGGACCAGAAUGAGGAACAACUACAAUGCGCUAAUGUCGCUGUGUUUCGCCACACUAUCCAGAGCAGAGGACUCUUAGUCCCUUCAUACAACAAUGCUCCUGAGCUAGUCUACGUUGUUCAAGGUAGUGGCAUUCAUGGAGCUGUAUUCCCAGGUUGUCCUGAGACAUUCCAAGAAGAAUCACAGUCACAGUCACAGUCACGGUCACAGCACUCAAGAUCAGAAAGGAGUCAGCAAUCAGGAGAACAGCACCAAAAGGUCAGGCAUAUCCGGGAGGGUGAUGUCAUUGCAUUGCCUGCAGGAGUAGCUCACUGGAUUUAUAACAAUGGCCAGUCCAAGCUUGUUUUGGUCGCACUUGCGGACGUUGGCAAUUCCGAGAACCAGCUCGACCAGUACCUUAGGAAAUUCGUCCUUGGUGGAAGCCCACAACAAGAAAUUCAAGGUGGUGGUCAGAGCUGGAGCCAAAGCCGAAGCAGCAGAAAUGGCCAGCAAGGACAGCAAAGCAACAAUAUUUUGAGCGCCUUUGACGAGGAGAUACUCGCACAAUCUUUCAACAUUGACACUCAGCUAGUCAAAAAAUUGCAGAGAGAGGAGAAGCAGAGGGGCAUUAUUGUCAGAGUCAAGGAGGAUCUUCAGGUACUAUCACCACAGAGACAAGAAAAAGAAUACUCCGAUAAUGGGUUAGAGGAAACCUUCUGCACAAUGACGCUGAAGCUCAACAUCAAUGACCCAUCACGCGCUGACGUCUAUAACCCACGUGGUGGACGCGUUACCAGCAUCAAUGCCUUAAACCUUCCCAUCCUCAGAUUCCUCCAGCUUAGCGUUGAGAAAGGCGUGCUUUACCAGAAUGCUAUCAUGGCACCACACUGGAACAUGAAUGCCCACAGCAUAGUGUACAUCACAAGAGGCAACGGCAGGAUGCAAAUUGUCUCGGAGAAUGGAGAAUCCGUAUUCGACGAGGAAAUUCGUGAGGGUCAGCUGGUGGUUGUUCCACAAAAUUUUGCAGUGGUGAAGAGAGCAAGCAGCGAUGGAUUCGAAUGGGUAUCAUUCAAGACCAACGGACUUGCCAAGAUUAGCCAGCUGGCUGGACGUAUCUCAGUGAUGAGAGGACUACCACUGGAUGUGAUACAGAACUCGUUUGAUAUUUCCAGGGAAGAUGCCUGGAACUUGAAGGAGAGUAGGUCUGAGAUGACAAUUUUUGCUCCAGGUUCAAGAUCACAGAGGCAGAGAAACUAAGCUAAGUGUGGUGUGUGAUGGUAAUCAAAGUCUUGUACUUAACGUACGCUAUAUAUGUAUGUAGAGGUAAGACUAUGAAAUAAACCCUAAGUGAGCAUCUUGAUCUUAGCUGCGGGAGAAUGUACUCAAGUUUUAUGGACAAGUUCAAUAAAUAAUAAUGUUUUCUCUUACCAAUCAAAAA